UCGGCCAGUUCGUCCGCGACAGCCAACCCGCGAGCACGUGUUACCCUCGGUAUACCCCAUCGCGAUAUUCUCUGAAAAUUUUCAAGAUGUGCAGCAGGAGAUCAGUCGCGACGUCGCUUCCUCCGACAAUCUCCAGCCUCUGAUUCACCUAGAGCUUAUUUACGCCAACUUUCCGUUUCCUUUCGUUUCGAAUUUGGAUGUUCUAAAUGCCGUCGAUACGCCGCUUUAGUAUCUAGAAAUGUGCAAUAAGUAGAAAGCAAUGGUAGCUGUAGCUGUAAGACGCGUUUUGGUCGGUCUUGUUAACCUCGUUUCCGUGCUGUUUUCUGUGAGCUGUUACGGCGAUGUAGUGCUUAAUGAUUCGAUGACGUCGACUGUGGAAUAUGCCAAAGUGGACGUUACUCCUAGUAGUCCCUUGGACGCGGAAAAUGAACUUUGCAACUUGCGUGGGGAAUUUGAAGAGUUGCAACUGGAUUAUCUGAAUUUAACUAUGAGUCACGUUUUGUUCAAGAGUGAUGCUUUGACGUCUGGGAUAGUCUAUCAAGUGAAAGUCAACAGAAUAAGGUCGUCAACUUCGAUUGAUAUCCUCCUAACGUCGAAGAUAAAUGGCACUUCGGUUGGAGUGUUCUCCGCACGGGACAAAGUAAGCGAGAUGGAAAGAGAAGAAUUCGGGAAUUGUCAAGGAAUUGGAAAAUUCCAGACGAGCCUUGAGGAGGGCGUUGAAGACAUAACGGUUAACUGGUCCUUUCAUCGUUCAGAAGGGCACGAAGUAAUCUUCGGCAAUAUCACUCUGCAAUUGAAUUACCAAUUACGUGGGAGCAAAUCGAUCUAUAGAGUAAUAGAGGAAAAAACGCUAUUAAAAGACUGCCAACUAUAUCUUUAUGGUAAAGAAGCUGUUCUUUCCAACAAAGACCUACCGACCAGUAAAGAUUGCGAAGUAUGGUUUCCCAACCAAGAGAACUACGGAGUUAUCGUAGAACUUUCACGACUGAAUAUACCCUGUUCUAAGGGUUAUCUCCACUUCGCUGGCUUGAAUACAAGUCAACAGCAACAUUACAGAAGCCGCAAGCAAUCGCACCUUUGCGGUAAACUAGAAGAACUUCCGGAAUCCGACAGGAGGAUAUACUUUCCUGUGUCUCAUACGCCACCCUUGAUGCGCUUGAUGAACGAUCCCGUUUUCACCUUAUCCUACCACUUGGUCGACUACUGCUACAACAUUACCUUCUUGACCAGAAAUGGCUCUUUCGAACUCAAGCCAACUGGAGAACUUAUGUGUACCUUCAAAAUAUAUCUUCCUCAUGGGAAUAGAGUUGCUUUGACUCUUCAUAUUGGAGAUUCAUCUGCAGGAAAGGAGACCUCCUUCCCAUCCUUCGAAGAGCCACCGUUGGACGAGAAAUGCGACGGUCUCGAGACCCAGCUCUACGACUCCGACAACAAAUGGUUCCACUGCACGCGACCUGGGGACUCGGAAAGGCAGAUCGAAAUCGUCUCACGCGGUAACAGAGUUACCCUACAAGUGGCCGUACGCGGUAUACGAAAUGGGGCCCUUGGCCUUCGGAUGACUUACAGGGCGGAACCGAUCGAAGAGAUCGUGGGCCUUUGCGAAUUCGGAUGGGUGGCCUUGAGGCAGUUCUGCAUAUCGACAGUGGAGGGGGUGAGGCUGCCGUGGGCUCAGGCGGAAAUGGAGUGUAUACGCAGAGGUGGCCAUUUGGCGAGUGUGAGGAGCGAGCAUGGGCAGAACAUCGUCAACGGCCUCCUCUUGAACAGUCCUGGUUACCGUGAUGACAACGCAUACUGGAUUGGUGCUUCAGAUAAAACCUACGAGGGAGAUUUCCGAUGGUCAGACGGUCUUCCUUUUUCUUAUUCAAAUUGGUUUCCUGGGUGGUCUCAGCAUGGACAAUACAAUCGCCAACCGAAUGAUGAUGGAUUAAGCGAUCAAGACUGCGUUGAAGUGAGAAGAAUCUAUUCCUUACCAACAUCAGUGACAGGAUUAGCGAAUAAUUUCAUGUGGAAUGAUCGAGAUUGUUCAACACCGAACUAUUUCAUUUGUGAAAAGUUACAAAAUGAUGAACCCCUGGAAGAUACGUGGCCUCUAGACUGCAACAAGACAAUCACCCUAACACGACAGCAUCCUCGUGCGUUGGUCUCCAGUCCAGGAUUUCCUAGGCAUUAUCCAGACAACGUAGAUUGUAACACCUACAUCAUAUCGCCUCCAGGGUAUCAAAUUCUCCUUGAUUUUGAAGAGUUGGUGUUGGAAAAUGAACCCACUUGCAGUUAUGAUUACCUGGAGAUUCUAGAAAAUGGAAUAGACCCACAGCAAUUCUCAUCUAAGAACCAAACCGUUUCAAGGCGUCUUUGCGGCGAUUGGAGUGCCAAACUCAAACUCUUACGUUAUAUCAGCUCUACCUCCAAGUUGAUUCUCAAAUUCAGUUCGGACUAUUCCCAUCAUUUCGGAGGAUAUAAAGCAAGAGUUUCUAUGGAAAAUGUCGUUCAGUGCGCCGAUGACCGUCAUCACAUCUUCAACAAUUCCUGCUAUCUCUUCGUUACAUACCCGGAAGUAACAUGGAGCACAGCUCAACACAUAUGCCAAGGCAUUAAAGCCAAUCUCGCUUCCGUCCUUACAGCAGAUGAAGAACGUUUUGUAAUCAGCAAUCUCCGAAAGACUCCCGAAUACAGAACGAGCUCUCUCUACUGGCUUGGGGGAAGACUAGAAAAAACUUCGGGGUUCAUUUGGGUGGACAAUAGUCCGGUCGAAUACCUUGGUUGGCUGCCCAGUCAGAAACCUCUGGAGAAUAUGAGAAAAGGCAACGAAACCGCCAAAUGUUUGGGGGUCCAAUGGACACCAUCUCCAUCGCCGACGUUACCAAGCGGUCUCUACUGGAAACCGAAGAGAUGCAACUCCAUCGGAGGGUAUAUUUGCAAGCGUGCCAAUCUGGAACCAGGUCUAGGAAUCAACUUCAACAAAACUGUCAACGGCUCCGAAGGAAUAAUAUCGUCUCCAAACUACCCUGGAAACUACUACAACAACUUGGACGUCACCGUCAACAUAAUAGGACCUAAGAGAACCCGUCUAGUCUUCAAAUUCGAAAGGAUAGACGUUGAAGCCCAGAUGGAAUGUCUUUACGACCACAUCGACCUACGUAGUCUGAACGAGAACGGAAAUGAAGUUAAUGUGUUGAAACUUUGCGGAAGUCACGACGUGGAUAUGCAUAGGUUCGAUUACGUUUCCGAGACCAACAGGGCCGUCUUGAGGUUCCAUUCGGAUUAUUCCAUAGCAGGCGCUGGGUUCUCUUUGAGGUGGCACUCAGUGGAUAUCACCUUUUGCCCGAUACAGACCUUAACUGCCAAAGAAGGUUUCGUCACAAGCCCAAACUAUCCGGAUUUUUUACUGCCUCAUCUGAACUGCACGUUGGUGUUGCAAGCACCAUACGGCCACAAGGUGUGGUUCGAGUUUCUCCGGGUCGACCUGGGGAAGGAUACCGACGACCAGAAUUUUUUAGAGAUGCGACUCGGUGAGGAGAUAGAUUUUUUUCGUCCGUUCUCCAUUCCCAAUCUCCUCACCGAAGGUAGUUUCCUGUCCUACGCUGAGACCAUGCAGAUAAGGCUGCGUUCCGGUGUCAAAACCGACGCUGUCGGUUUCAAGGCCCACUAUAAGAUGGUGAACGUGGUGCAGGAGGAGAAGAACGUUUUCCUGCAUAACGACACUUCGGGGAUGCUAUUGCAUCUGAAUUAUCCGGAGAGUCCCCAGACUAAGGUGGAUUUUAUGCAACACUUCAUUGCGCCCCUAGGAUCGGCAAUUUCGCUGGAGCUUUAUCAUCUUAAGCUCACCAAUACCGACUGUUACGAGGAUAACGGUCUAUUGGAGAUUUACGAUAACUACGCCGAUAGGAAUGGGACUGUGUGGAAGCUUUGCUACGACCCGCCCACGGCCAACGCGAUUACGCCCGUUAACAGGAUAGAGAUCACCUCUUUCUUCAACACGCUUCACCUGAGACAGAUCAGCGGAAGGAGUACUGGUAUCAGUUUGAACGGAAGCAUCAAGAUACUGCCGGAUGAGGAGUUUAAGACGAAAAUUUUGAAGUUCAAGAACGAGGUGGAGUCUUGCAAUCCGAAUCCUUGCAGAAGGGGAGGAAAGUGUAUCACGAAAGAGAAUCGGAGGUUUUGCGAAUGCGCUGGUCAUUUCACAGGAAUAUUCUGUGCCCUAACGAAGUGCGACCUCGAUCCGUGCGUGUUCGGAACCUGCGAUCUGACCCAGAACGCUUAUAAAUGUCACUGUCAAGAGGGCUACUCAGGACCAACCUGCGAGCAGAAGAGGAGACCCUGCGAGGGAAAUCCUUGCGAGAGCAGAGGACUGUGCAUGGAGAGAGGAGAGGGUUUUAUUUGCAGGUGCCAUGCUUGGUGGGAGGGUCCAAGAUGUGAGAGGAGAAUGCUGCAUAUUCCCUAUAAACCUCUCAGUGAAAGAAUGCUCCAUGAACCCUUCUGGUUGGGUUUGAUGACAGUUUUCGUGGUUAUGGCUGUGAUUGGACUGGUAUGGUGCGCCAAGAGACAUUUUCCGGAGAAAAUAGAAAAGCUGUUGGCUGAAGAAAAUGAGCGUAACCGGAGUACACUGUCGUCCUUGAGGAGUGCUUCAGUACGCGAACAACUGGUGGCAGCAUCGUCGACCGCUUCCGGCCAAGGCUCCGUGACGGUGACUCCAAGUCCAGGUCCUGGUGCUCCUCGUUCGCUAUUUGGCCGCCUCGGUAUUCGCAAGCCGUCAAUCCUCAGCCUGACCAGUCCACACGCCAAUUCAUGCUACUCGCCAGCUACAGCUAGAACCUUUAGUUUGGACGAUUUGCUAAAACCUUCCCCUAGACGAAGCCCAUCGCCAAAGAAGAAACGAAACAAUUCAACACCCACCAAGAAGAACGCAGCCGAGAAGAAGCAAAUACUACAACAGUUGGUAUCACCAAACAACAAGCAAUUAUCCCGAAAAGUAAGUCUGGGCGAACUUAUGCAGAUGAACGACAGACACCCAGGAUUCCGCACAGCACACCAAGACGACGACCAUCAUCUAACUAUCGAAGAAACCAAGUUCAUAGAGAACGACACAACGCAAGCCGUCUUGAACGAUCCGAAGCUGGAGAAAAAGGUCCACUUCGCUAGGCUACUCAAUAAGGUAUCUGCCGAAAUGAGCUCCGGGUCCGAAAUGGAACUGGGCAUCAUGCAGAAUAACAAACUCGGCUGCGCCUUCAUGAGGCCCUCUAGCACACCACCGUCGCCUUGCAUAGACACCAGGUCUCCCAACAGCACCUCGAGUAACCAAGGUAGUGAUUCCUUCAGCUCUGACUUAGCUAUUCCCAGUGCUCUGAGCUCCAGUAUUUCAGAUCUGCUCAUCCGAAGGCAUUGCAGCAAGUUGCCGAACGGUAGACAAAAGCCAACUAGCGCUGAUUCCAUUCUAGCCAUGUUUAGAAACUUUUCAUCAAGCUCCGCUGGCGCUAACCUACCCCCUUCACUGAAAGUCUCCCCGUCCACCACCCCUACAGCUUCUAGUCCCCAAGACGACAUUGUCGGAGACGAUGAGUCUUCGACGUCCUCCAUCCACACCCCUGUAUCGUUUUCGAGUGGCGCACCCGAAAGUCCUGUUCCUUAUGGGCACAACCCUCAGAGCACAAUCGAGAUUCCCGUAUUAGAUACACUGAGCGCUCACAAGUUCCCGAGUAGUGGAAGCAAUCUGUUACACCCUCCCACUAUUUUGUUGGAAAUACCUAGCACAAUCAACAAGUGCCUUUCGCCGAUAAGGGAGUUGCCGACUCCUCUACCUUCGCCUGCAUUGACUCCGAUCAUGCGUAGAAGUGCGGCGAAUUCGUCAAUAGAAGACAACGAUUUGAGUGACGAUAAGAUAAGCGUUGAACUGCCAAAUAUUUCUAUUAGCUGUAGUGACAUCGAUGAAGACGAUAUGCACUGCUGUCCCGAUAUAAAUGUGGAUAUGCACGCCGAGGAUGGACUUAUUGUCGAAGAGGUUGCGGUUAUGCAGCAAAACAUGUAUAAGACGAAGAACCGCCCUCCGCCUCUUGGACAAACUUCAGACUCGAACCAAGAAAGCGGAGCUCACGUCAUGGUCAUACCCACUUUGAUGGUAGAAACUCCCUCUCCCACUUAUUGCCAUUCCCCCUCAAUCUCCUUUCCCGGUUCCCCGCCUCCGUUUAAAUCCGACGGAAGCAAUUGUUUCCAAUUCCCGCCACCAUCGAAACCACAACGAAAGAUGCUGAAGGAGUUCGACAAGCCAACAUCUCUGGACCUCCCCUGCGGCCCGCCAAUGAUAACCAUCACCUGCAACAUGAGCGAAGUUGAGUCAGACGCCGAAUCUAUAUCUCCAGCCGUGAAGAGCUCCAUGCACCUGGGUGCCAGCACUUCUGGGAUGACCUACCUGAGUCCCUUCUCCAUGGGAACUCGCGGGGAUCAACAUGCGUCCGAAUCCAAUCUCAGUUCUUCCGGUUACAGCUCCAUGGCUAGCCCCGGACCGUCGAGAUGCGGCUCUAGCAACCCUCUUUGUCCAUCCGAGAUGGAGGACCAAGGACCUCCGGGUUCUGGUCAUUCCCACCGAAGACCUUCGCCCAUCCUGAAAACCAACCCUCAUCAAUGCGGUGAUGGUAAUUUGGAGAAGAGUGGGGCAGAAGAACAACAACGAAGAGGUAGAUCAGAUUCCGAAACUUUAUCGGAUGAUCCAAUGAUGGAAUCCAACGACGAGGGCAUCAGCACAGACCACCUAGAAGAAAAAAUCGAAGAGGGAAAAGUGAAGAGUGCGAAAGAUCUGGAGAUGCUGAUGAGCGGUGAAGUGUUAAUCGACUUAUCCGACCUAGUUAUACCUGUCCCGAAUCAACCCAAGUGCAAGAGUGUAGAUAGUUGUAAAGAGAAGGUCCUUUCAAAUCCCUCGUGUUCAAAAAACUUGCUUCAACUGCCGUCGAUAGUGGUGCAGUGCGACGAGAAGCAUCUGAGUCCGAUGAGUUCUAGAAGCGAGAGUCCGCUCAGUGACAGAACUAGUAGGUUUUCGCCGGAUUUUUCCGGGAAGAAUAGAGACCUCUUGUUGUUCACCGAUUCCGAUGGGUUGUACGACUUUCAGAGUAGCGGGAAUAGUACGUCCUCAACUAUCGUUCCGUUGAAAAAAACCGGUAAAAGAAGGGAGAAAAAAACUCUGAGGAACUGUAAAACCCCAAGUCCUACCAAAACCUUUCAGACGUCGCCUUCGAUACAACAUCAUUUGGGCUUACCUAGCAAAGAAACCAAGAUGCCACCUCCGAGAAAACUUAGCCCUAAACGUAGAAUGCCAAGAAAUCCCGUUAUAUCAUCCUCGUCUAGUUCAGAUAGUGUCACAUCGACAAAAGAGGUCAGAUUGUCCUCGUCGAGUCCAAGUCCAGAUACAAUAAGAUGGUCGUCUUCGAUGGACUGGAUGGAUUUCAAGAAAUCCAAAUGUUUAGACGUAGUAAAGACCCCCGAAGAAACAACUGAAGAAACGCUGCCAAAAGCUCAAGAACUGAAAAAGAAUCAGAAGCUUAGUAAGCUCAGGGCUAUAAGUCAUCAGAUAAGAUUCCUCAGAAGAUUAGAAACUAGUUUGAAACGUAGAGAUCGCUCCCUCAGUCCUUCUGACAGCUUUGACAGCGACGGAGGUGAUUCGCCUAAGGCCACUUCGCCUUUGCUGCAACACAAGGGUGCUAAAAACGAAAUACGAAAAAGCAGUAGUAUAGGUAAGUUGUCAGGUCAGGGAAGCAGUAGAAGCAGGAGGGGGAAAUACAAGAGGGGAGAAUUGCUAUCACCACGACAAGAUUCAUGGAAAAUGGUUCUGACAACGGGAAAUGGACAUUCUGAUUGAGUGUGAAUAAAAUAUGGUAUCGUGGUAUCAGGUUGAAAUUCGAACAAAAAAUAUCGAAUUCGUUGAGAUUACCAAAACACUCAACUCAGAAGUUUACCAGAGGAGUUUGAUUUUUUAUGCUCUUUGUUCUUCUUUGUAUUUACAUUGUCGGUCAUUGGUAAUUUUAUAUACCAAUUUACAUAACUCGUACAGAGUAAGACUCUCAACUUAUCUGAAGAUAGUAUUUCACUUGGUCAAAAAUAAUAUGUAGACCAGUGAGUAUUGUGGAUUAGAUGCAGUCCUUCCUUUUUCUGGAAUACUCAACACUUUCAAUACGAAAAGUAGUUCUUCCAGCAGAGACCAAAUAUAGGUAUCCAGUAAUCUCUUAUCUACCUCUGUUUAAUGCUUGGAUAUCGGGAAAUCAAGUCGAAACCUUUUUUUUUUGUAAGCAGUUUUGAUCUACUGUGUUCGUCAUUAACCUGGUAGUGAGAAUUCUUAUUUUUCUUUGCUCAUUUCUUGACUCUUUGGCAUCCAUUGAUUAUUCUCGUUUCGCUCAUUGACAUAAGUUGAGACUAUUCUUUAAGAAUUGACAACUAUUUAUUUUGCUCUAGUUUCAAAUGAAUAAGAUACAGUGAGCUGUUUUAACUGGGUGUCCAUUUGGAACAAGGAUAUAUGUUAAAUAUUUUUCGAUGAGAUGACUGGACGAAAGAGUUGAAACAUUAUACUUAGUCGAUUUUUUAUUUGAGUAAAUCGUAAAAUUAUUCGUAUAGGUAUAUUAAGGCUUUUUUAUUGUUUUGUACCGUCACCUUAGACACAAAACUGUCUUUUAUUCACUUAAUAUUUGAAUGGCGUUCAGAGUAAGAAAAUGCCUUACUUAAAUGAUGGAUUCGAACCCAGGAAUUCUCGAUCCCAAAGAGAAACUUUGUGUUCACCCCAUUAAAAAACAUUUGGUCUUACUCUAAAAAAUGCAAUAAGAGUUUUUCUUGUUUUAAUUGCUUCAAAUUGAAUUAUUCAGCAGAAGAGUUUAGUUUUAGUUCAUUCCGAAAUCUAGAUUAAGAUAUUCUUGAAGAAUAUGAGGAGAUAAGCAAGAAAUCAAUUUUGUUAUUGAAUUUCAAUCUGAGCCAUAAUAAAUUAAUUAUUGUAAGCCCUUACGUUCUAUGUUUGGGUAUGAGGUGCUAUUUCGCAGUUGCUAUGAAAUCACAAAAAAAAACAUUUUAUGAAGAAAUACGAAGCUUUCAGUAUAUUUAGGAUUUUAGAAAAUCAUUUCCUGUAUAUUCUAAACAUCGAACAAUCAUCAUAUAGAUAGAAAACAAACAAAAUGCAAUAUUGAACAUAAUUUUUCUAUUUCUGAAUUCAGUUCUAUUUAUACCAGGAAGAAUAUAAAGUUAUUAAACAGUUUCAUUAUUCGAAUCGAAGUUGAAUACAAAAUAAUCACAUAGCUGAAAUUAAAAACUAACUCUUUUAAAAAUCCAAUUAGGAAUUUUAAUUUCACAGCCUUCAAUUUGCAUUAUGUAUUGAAAAAUUCUAUAUUUUUAGCACAUCGAUUGAUAGCGUGAAUAAUAUGUUUUUUGAAUGAAUGCCAAAUAUAUUCUUCUAAAAUUAUGAAAUUCAUACCAGUUUCUAUAAGCGUUUUUAAUACACAUUUUUUUCUAGCUAUAGAAGAAUCAAAGUUGGAGAACGACUUUUGUAAAAAUUUCAUAUAAUUCGGUUUCUCUGAUUUAAAAUUUCGAGAAAUCGUGAAAUUGGUUUCUUUAUUCAAGGUUUUUCACGAAGUGUAGAUAUUACCUACAUAACUCAGUAAUUAUCUUAGAUCAUAUUUAUUCGGUAUAUAUUUCUGCAAUUCAUAAAUGUUAGAGAUAUGUCAUGUUCGAAUAGGUAUGCAUAAGAAAGAAUUGAUGAUCAAACAAAACUACGCACAGAUGACUUAAGUUCAAUCGUUGAGUGAAACUCUAAUCCAUUAUUGAGAAAUCAGUGUUCAACAAUUUCGUAUUACCAAUCUGAUUAAACUCAUAAAUAUCAAUUUUUAUCUAGUCUAGUGUUAAUGCAAUACAUUCGAAAAAUUCAUCAUUCGGAGAUCAGAAAUAAUAAAAGAAGAAAAUAUAUGGCAAAUGUAAAUAUGUAUUCAAACACAAAACGUCCAACAUGAAACUUUAGGUAAUUUGGAUUUGUAAUAUAACUAUCAUAGGCUUGUAUAUAAGACUGAUUUUCUACUAUUUCAUAAAUGGUUUCUUCAUGUUAAAGUAUUUUCAGAUGUUGCACCAUUUUCAUAAUAUUGACGUGAGGUUCCUCAAACACAACCGUUUUUUUUUAACUAUUCUCUAUUGAAUGAAAAUUUUAGGCCGGUGAGCCACAAGAGCAAUAUAAAAAAUAUUGAGCAAUAAGAUAACAAGAAAUAUUUCAUUCUAACUCCAUGUGCCUUAAGUAGAUCAUUCAUUAUACCUACUAUACUUCCCAUUAACAGCAAUAUUGAGGAGAAAUUUCGAUCUUAUUUUCGAAAUUUUCCGACUCAUUCGUUAAUAAUUCGUUGAAUUUUACUCAGAAUUCAGGAGAUUACUUCUAAAAGCAAUAAUGAAAUAGUGAAAUGAAAAUACUUAGGUAAUGUAAGUUAUGACAGUACCUAUCUCCAAUCAAUUUUUUUUGUGCAGAAUUGCCCUUAAUUUUUUUUAAAUUAGUGAAACUUUAAUUAAAUAAUAUGCAUAACCACUAAAAAAUCUCCAAUUUCUAAACUUGCUCACCUGUUUCAAUAUUAUAAAAUUUUAUAAUCUGAAAUAAUUUAUUUGAAUAUAAAAUCAACCAAAUUUUUUAUCUCCUUAAAAUCAUAUCCUUUCGAAUUUGUAUCAGCAGUUUCAAACUAGUUUAAUAUUUUAGCAUUACCACAAUAUUUUCUAUUGUUUUCAAAAAGAGUAUAGAAAAAUUCAACAAAAGGUCGAAAUAUUCUCCCUUGUGAUAAAAACAUUCAUCAUGCAAUUGCAGACAUCUUUUAUUCUAUUCCUCUGUAAGUGUUUGUUGUGUAAGAGGAGCUAAAACAUUUUAUAUACAUUUGUGUAAAGUAUAGUGUAAGGUCACCACUUUUCCUUCUACUAUUGUAUAUUGUCGCAGUUUUUAUCCAACUUACAUAUAUAAAUUGUGAAUAAUAACUAUGAAAUAAGUAUGUUUUGAUCUUGGCUUGGGGAGCCAUGCUGAAUACUUAUCUUUCCUAUGAAUCUUUUCCAUAACCUCAUUGCAAAUAUUAAUUAAUCUUCAUGUUACUGAAAACAAUGAUGUUUGAUUUUAACUACAUUUCUUUCUGUAUUUUGCGACUGCAUAAAAUACGGGUAUAAUCGAAAAUGUUAGAAAUGACUUUUAAAUAUUUUUUAUAUAAGAUUGGAAGUUAAUUGAACUUGAAACAGGCAUUUUAUUAUCAUUGUAAAUAAUUGACAAUCUACUCAAUAUAUACAUACCUACUGCCUUAAUUAUUAUAUACGAAGUAACGGCGCAGCGUUAUCUUAAAUAACAUAUAAGAUCAAUGUGCCUCUAUAAUAAUAAACUCUUAUUCACUGAUAGUUAAAUCAAAUUGAAGCACUUACUUCGGUCACAAAAAUUGGAUCGAAAAAAAAUAAAAUAUACAUACUUUUUAACAUCAGUUUUACGUUAAAUGCAGACUCCCUCGAAAUGUUUCUGAAAUAAUUAUUUUUCCCUAAUACCUACUUAUCUAACGAUUAUCCCUAACAAAACAAUCGUGGAUUUUAUAUAAUAGCUAUAUUAAAAAAGAGUGUAGAAAUAUCUACUUCAUCCUGAAAUGUAACUUGCAUAUCUAUUUCAAAAUUUUUAAAGAUUUUCAAUGAACAAUGAUUUUGAGAUCGAAUUUAAAUACUCCUCGGAAUUCUGAAUCUACUAACACUAACACUCCGAUUACAACAAAAUAUGUAAAUUCUGUUGUCAUGCAUGAUGUUCUACAAAAGUUUUAAAACAAUUUAAUCAAACAUAAAUAUGGCACAAAAAUUUAAGCAGAGUGCUAUAUUUCUGAUAAAAAUUAUUUCUCAAUCGAAAUGUCAGCUUUCUCUGUUUAUCCUUUUUGUGUGGUGUGACAUUAUAUAUGGUUGAUUUGGCACUCAACAAUUUUAUUGAAUAUUGAUAAAACCUUAGAAAGGUUUUCCAGCUGUGCCAAAAAUUAAAAUCAAUGUUUAUACAGCAACUCUCUUUUUAAAGCGCCUUUACAUCAAAUUUCUAUAUUUAUUCCCAAAAAUGAUUGUUAUAAAUUAUAUUUUAACUCAUUGUUUUCAGUAUUCAGUAAGAAAGAAUUGUUUGUUGUUAUAAGCACAGUAUUCAAGCCUUCAGGCUGCCCAGCAACUACAACAUAAUGUGAUAAAUGUACAUAAAAAUAAAAGUGCAUAUAUUAUAUGUUUUGCCUUAGUUCCUUCUGCUAUCUUUCUAUUUUCUACUGUAAUAUUUGCCAGUUAUGACGAUUUUUUAGGCUGUGUGUCCGAUACUCAUCCUAAAAACAAUGUGAUAGCUUUGUGACUUCGGCAUCUAACCUGAUUUCAGCAAUACUUUUGGAGGGAACAACACAUUUUAGCACAAAUGAGCAAUUACCUAUCGUCUUUAGUAUUACACAUCUCCAAUUUCUUCUAUAGAUAUCCAUUUAAAUACCGUAAGAUUAUUCUGAAUAGCAGUAAUAUGGAAUAUUUUAGGUUUAUGAACAUUUUUCUGUGAAUGGAAACGUCUUUCAGAAAAUUAUGUAUUUACAAUAAACGA